CAAUCUUCAUCAAUCUCUCCGAUGGCUCCUCGUGUUCAUGGUGGAAAAGGAAGGGGAAGAGGAAGAGGAAGGGGACAGAAGUCUCCGGCAAAGCGACCCACUAUCCCAAGUCGACCCACUUUUUCCGGUGUGUCGAAUCGAAGACCUAUAAGCUUUUCCUCACAAUCGACUCAAGUCAAAGGCUCUGUCUCCUCUGUUCAUCAGUUAGCCUCCGGAUCUCCUCACGCAGUUCAGUUUCCAGCGCCGGUUCAGUCUCCAAGGCCGAUUCAGUCUCCAACCGUGAAUCAACAACGACCACCUCUUCAGAUCAACAAGUACACAAUCCCUUCAGAACAAGAAGAUGAUCACCACAACGACAAUGAUCAAGAUUUGAUCGAAGGGCUAGGAACGCACACUGACAUGAGUUGCAUCACGAUCGUUGAUCAAGAUGACAUCGGAGGUCUUCAAGUCAGAACCAGAGAUGGGAUUGGUCUGAUGGAUAUUAAUCCUAAAGACGAAGCUCUUGUCGUCAAUUCGCAGAAACCUGCGACUAAACGAUGCGAUCAAUUGUUGCGAUCUGCGACUGAAAUUUUUGAUCGCAGGAUUCGUCGUCGGAGGCGAAAGAGAAACUUUCUCCGAUUCGUCACAGUACAAACUCCACCGGAACUUCCUCUUUCUUUGCCGGAAUCAUCACUCCAAGCCGAAGAUCCACCACCGGAAACCUCUACUCCUCCAGCCAAAGUCGAAAAGAAUGAGAUUCAGAGUUUAAACUCGGAACACACCGACAACUCCAAGCUAGUUCCUACUCAUAUCUUAAUAAGCCCUUCUUCUUUCCAAGAGCUACUUCAGACUGUGGAGUUUGACAAAGUUAGAGCUACUUCAGCAGGCUUUGAGGCUCUUCUACUAGUGGCGGAGCGGAGAGCGAUGGAAGCGCAGAAGAUACUUCAACGGAAGGGAAAAGCUUUGGAAUUGGAGGAAGAAGCUGACAAGGAAAAGCUCGCUGAAGCUAAACCUAGUUUACUCGUUCAAGCAACUCAGCUCAAGCGAGAUGUUCCUCAAGUUAGUGCUACUGAGCAAAUCAUCUUACAAGAGAAAGAGAUGAUGGAGCAUUUAUCUGAUAAGAAGACGCUUAUGUCUGUUCGUGAAUUGGCCAAAGGUAUCACUUAUACAGAGCCUCUCUUAACUGGGUGGAAACCUCCUUUGCAUAUUAGGAAGAUGUCGAAUAAGCAGAGAGAUUUUAUUAGGAAGCAAUGGCAUAUUAUUGUUAAUGGUGAUGAUAUUCCUCCUCCUAUCAAGAACUUUAAGGAUAUGAAGUUUCCUAGACCUGUUCUUGAUACCCUUAAGGAGAAAGGAAUUGUGCAGCCUACUCCUAUUCAAGUUCAGGGUCUUCCUGUGAUUUUGGCUGGGAGGGAUAUGAUUGGGAUUGCGUUUACUGGUUCUGGAAAGACUUUGGUUUUCGUGCUUCCCAUGAUCAUGAUUGCUCUCCAGGAAGAGAUGAUGAUGCCUAUUGCUGCGGGAGAAGGUCCUAUUGGGCUUAUUGUUUGCCCUUCUAGAGAGCUUGCUAGGCAGACUUAUGAAGUGGUUGAGCAGUUUGUGGCUCCUUUGGUCGAGGCUGGAUACCCGCCAUUGAGGUCGUUGCUAUGUAUUGGUGGAAUUGAUAUGAGAUCCCAGUUGGAGGUUGUCAAGAGAGGUGUCCACAUCGUUGUUGCAACCCCUGGGAGGUUAAAGGAUAUGCUCGCCAAGAAAAAGAUGAGCUUAGAUGCUUGCAGGUACCUGACACUAGAUGAGGCAGAUAGGUUGGUUGAUUUGGGUUUCGAAGAUGACAUAAGGGAAGUCUUUGACCACUUUAAGUCUCAACGUCAAACACUUUUGUUUUCUGCCACAAUGCCCACAAAGAUUCAAAUCUUUGCCAGAAGUGCUCUGGUGAAACCUGUGACUGUUAAUGUAGGAAGAGCUGGAGCUGCGAAUCUCGAUGUGAUCCAGGAGGUAGAAUACGUCAAACAAGAAGCAAAGAUUGUUUACCUCCUCGAGUGUCUACAGAAAACCUCUCCACCGGUUUUAAUAUUCUGUGAGAACAAAGCUGAUGUUGAUGAUAUUCACGAGUACUUGUUACUGAAAGGAGUGGAAGCAGUGGCCAUCCAUGGAGGGAAAGAUCAAGAAGACAGAGAGUACGCAAUCUCUUCGUUUAAAGCUGGGAAAAAAGAUGUGUUGGUCGCAACUGAUGUUGCUUCAAAGGGUCUAGAUUUCCCUGAUAUACAACACGUAAUCAACUACGACAUGCCAGCAGAGAUUGAGAACUAUGUGCAUAGGAUAGGACGAACAGGUCGGUGUGGGAAAACUGGGAUAGCAACUACAUUUAUAAACAAGAAUCAAAGCGAAACGACGCUGCUCGAUUUGAAACACUUGUUGCAAGAAGCUAAACAGAGGAUUCCACCUGUCCUUGCUGAGCUGAAUGAUCCAAUGGAAGAAGCAGAGACCAUUGCGAAUGCAAGUGGUGUCAAGGGUUGUGCGUAUUGUGGUGGUCUUGGACAUCGUAUUCGAGACUGUCCAAAACUUGAGCACCAGAAGAGUGUGGCCAUAUCUAACUCUAGAAAAGACUAUUUUGGCUCUGGUGGCUAUAGAGGAGAAAUAUAAUCUUGUAUUCCAAUCUUGUUUUGAUCCCUUUGCAAGUUAUUUCAUCCUUGCUGUUACCCUGUGAUGUUUAUGUUCUAUCUUGCCUUAAACUAAAUUCUGACUCUAUAU